UUUUGAAGUAUAAACUUUAAUUAAAGUUGUUAAUAAUGGCAAAGUUUGUUGAAUGGGCUAAUAGUUUAUUGGGGCGCUUUGAGGAGCAGCUUCCUUAUCGUACAGGAAAUACGAGUACACAAGCAAGAAUUCACAUUGAACAAACGCUGAUAGAACAAAGUUUAAUCCAAAUCUCCAGAUAUCGAUUCUCGUUAGUGAUUUCCGGCUUAACAAAAAUGCUCCAGAGAGUAAACGAAUUGUAUCAACCUACACAAGGAAGCCGUGGGCAUGAUGCAGAGCGUUUGGGUUACGAUUCACUUAUCAUCAUUUUACAGACAUUAGAACGAUGUUUAUCAGGUCAAUCGAAGGACACAGCACGAUUUGAAGAGGCAAUGAAUGUUAAGCUGCUUUUACGAGAAAUUUGUCAGUUUAUUGACAUACAAAGCGACAUCAACAUCCCAAAUAAUUCACCAUCACUAAAAGUUCUUGCUUCAAAAGUCCUUUUUGCUUUAUCUCAAAAUCAUUUCGGAGCAGUUUUCAAUCGAAUAUCAGCUCGACUACAGGAAUUAAGUGCGUGUUCUGAAGAAAAUCCUGACUACAGUGACAUCGAACUUAUUCAACACAUCGACUUAGAUGUCAAUAAACUCACAAAACUUCUAACAGAAAUCAACCAAAAGUUCAAAUUAUUAAAGAAAUCAGCCCACAUGGUUUUACUGAACUCAUUAGAGAAAGCUUUGUGGAACUGGAUUGAAUAUCAUGCCAAAGAAUUUGAAGAUCUCCAACGAAAUCCAAAUGAAGAAUUGUCGCGCUGUUGUGAAACUUUCUUCGAUAUUCUCGACGCUUAUGCACAAGAAAAUAAAAAGAGUCGCUCGGCUGUAUGGGCGCUUCAAAUUAUUCUUCUCAUUCUAAGUCCAAAAGUUCUUGAAGAGAUUGUAAAUGCAGAUUCAGGUGCGCCGUGCUCUCCACGUCAUUUAAAAAAGAAACAUUUCAUGGAAGGCAUCAAAAAAGGUUUAAGUUCACAUGCGUCAUCGAAACAACUCACAGAAUCUGCUGCCAUUGCAUCAAUAAAACUUUGCAAAGCAAGUACUUACAUAAAUAUCAACGAUUCGAACAACGUCACAUUUCAUUUAGUGCAAAAUGUCAUCAACGAUUUAAAGUCGCAACUUUUUAAUGUAAAUAAGCCGUUUUCAAGAGGUCAAGGCUACAACGUCCAAGACAUUGAUCUGAUGAUUGAUUGCUUCGUCUCAUGCUUCAGAAUAAAGCCGCACAACAACGAAGCUUUGAAAGUUUGCUUGAGUCUGACAUCACCACCAGCUUAUCAUUUUGUUAUCGUCAGUUCAUUGCUGAAGAUUGUCACACAACCUCGACUAACGUGGUGGCCACAAAUUGAUUUAGUUUAUGCUCGAUCAUCAGAACUUCGAGCUUUAUUUACUGACACAUUAAAUAAAGCAACUCAGGGAUAUAUUGCGCAUACGCCACUUCGAAUGAUCACAUCGUUGACACUUAAAUCGAAAGACACGCAAUCAAGAUUGAUUCGUCCGGAAGAAGGUCACGCACAUAAAGCGCUUUUGUUGUUGAUGGUGCGGUUAAUUCACGCUGAUCCAAUGCUUUUGUUGAACAGCCAAGGAAAGUCAGGACAUGAAGUUCAAAGUUCAACGUUGGAACUCAUCAAUGGACUCGUUUCACUUGUUCAUCAGCCAACAAUGCCCGAUGUGGCUCAAGAAGCUAUGGAAGCGCUUUUAGCCAUUCAUUCACCAGAUAAAAUUGAAAUGUGGAAUCCUGAAGCACCAAUUAACACUUUCUGGGAUGUUUCAUCGCAAGUUCUCUUCUCAAUUUCGCAGAAAUUAAUUCAACAUCAAAUUGCCAACUACACGGACGUUCUCAAAUGGCUUCGUGAGAUUCUCAUUUGUCGGAAUACUUUCCUGCAACGACACAAAGAUUAUGCAAAUUGUGGAUCACAUAUUGCGAUAUGUCGACAAGCGCAUAUCAAGAUGGAAGUUGUGUUCUUCAUGUAUUUAUGGUCAGUUGAUUUGGACGCUGUGAUUGUUGCUUUGUCAUGUUUUGGAUUGUUGUGUGAAGAAGCUGACAUUCGUACGGGAUCUGAUGAGUUGACAGUCUCCAUUAUUUUACCGAAUUAUCAUUUGUAUCAGGAACUUGCGCAAGCGUCAAGCACAAUAACAACAGCGAGUAGUGAGUCGCGUUAUUGCUUCUAUGAACACACACAGGGACGUGUAGCUUUGCAAAAGAACAUCAUGGGAUUGCUAAGAAAACUCGAACAUUGCGCGAAUGGCGUUCAACCAGCAUGGGAAGAAACAUUUCGAAAUUGGGAAAUUACAAGCAAAAUGUUGCAAAAUUAUCCGAAAGGGAAGCUUGAAGAUGGUCAAGCUGAAGCUUUUCAUCGAAGUGUUGGUAAACGUCGUGCAAGUCAUCAGUCGAGUGAGCAUGACUUAGAAGAACAAAUAAGUGAAUGGGCAAACAUGACGUGGUUUCUACUUGCACUUGGCGGUGUUUGUCUUCAACGUCCACGAACAUUGCGACCAAUUCAGGGACAAAAUAUGGCUUUAGGUUCACUUGUUCAAUCGACAUCGUCGAUUUCAAGUUCUAGUUCAGGACGUGGCUCGAUGAUGAUGGUUUCAGUUAGCGCACCAAUUCCAGGCAGUCAAGAAGUUCAAUAUUGUCCAGUGACACAAUUCAUCGGUCAACUUUUACGUCUUCUCGUUUGUAAUAAUGAAAAGUUUGGACCACAAAUUCAAAAACAUGUCAAGGAACUUGUGGGACAAGAAAUGUCGUCACAACUUUAUCCAAUUCUAUUCGAUCAAAUUCGAGCGAUUGUUGAGAAGUUUUUCGAUCAACAAGGACAAGUCGUGGUGACAGAAAUCAACACACAAUUUAUUGAACAUACAAUUUACAUCAUGAAAUCGGUGUUGGAAGGACGACAGGGAAAAGAUGAACAAACACCAAAUGAACAUCUUGGCGUGACAAGCAUCGAAGGCAUGAUGCUUGCAAUUGUUCGUUAUGUUCGUCACUUAGACAUGACAGUUCAUGCAAUUCAUAUUAAAACAAAAUUAUGUCAACUUGUGGAAGUUAUGAUGAAGCGACGUGACGAUCUCGCUUUUCGUCAAGAAAUGAAAUUUCGAAACAAACUUGUCGAAUAUUUAACUGAUUGGGUGAUGGGAACUUCUCAUCAAAUUGCUCCGCCGUCAUCAGGUGAUGUGACGAUAAUUACGAGAGAUUUAGAUCAAGCAUGUAUGGCGUGUGUUGGUGCGUUGUUAAAAGGUUUGCCAUUGCAACCUGAAGAAAGCGAUCGUGGUGAUUUAAUGGAUGCAAAGUCAGCUUUAUUUCUUAAAUAUUUCACACUGUUUAUGAAUCUUUUGAGUGAUUGUGCUGACAUCUCAGACACUGAUAAAGAACCAAUCAAUCCACCAAUGAUGCCACCAAGACCAAGAGUUGCAGCAACCAAAUUGACAGCAUUGAGAAACUCAACCAUUCAAGCAAUGUCGAAUUUAUUGAGUGCAAACAUUGAUUCAGGUUUGAUGCAUUCAAUUGACUUGGGAUACAAUCCCGAUCUUCAAACGCGAGCUGCUUUCAUGGAAGUUUUAACACAAAUUCUUCAGCAAGGAACUGAAUUUGAUACACUUGCUGAGACGGUGUUAGCUGAUCGUUUCGAACAACUUGUUCAACUUGUCACGAUGAUAAGUGACAAAGGUGAACUUCCAAUCGCAAUGGCAUUGGCAAAUGUCGUCACGACAUCACAAAUGGAUGAAUUAGCGCGAGUUCUUGUGACGUUAUUUGACGCUAAGCAUUUGUUGUCACCACUUUUAUGGAACAUGUUUUAUCGUGAAGUCGAAGUGUCUGAUUGUAUGCAAACAUUGUUUCGUGGAAAUUCAUUGGGAAGUAAAAUUAUGGCGUUUUGUUUCAAAAUUUAUGGUGCGAGUUAUUUGCAAGCGUUACUUGAACCUUUAAUUCGUCCAUUGAUUGAUGAACCAAAUACAAGCUUUGAAGUGGACCCAGCUCGACUUGAAGCUGAUGACGAUAUUGAAGUUAAUCGGAUGAAUUUGAUUGCUUUAACACAAAAAGUUUUCGAUGCCAUUGUCAAUUCAGCUGAUCGAUUUCCAUCACAAUUACGUUCAAUGUGUCAUUGUUUAUAUCAAGUGUUGAGUAAACGAUUCCCGAAUCUUCUUCAACAAAAUAUUGGAGCUGUUGGCACGGUAAUUUUCCUAAGAUUUAUUAACCCGGCGAUUGUUUCACCCCAAGAAUUAGGAAUUGUAUCAAAGCAAGUUCCUGCAAAUGUCAAACGUGGAUUAAUGUUGAUCUCGAAGAUUCUUCAAAACAUUGCAAAUCAUGUUGAAUUCUCAAAGGAACAGCAUAUGUUGAACUUCAAUGAUUUCCUUCGAACACAUUUUGAAGCUUGUCGAAGAUUUUUCAUUCAAAUCGCUUCAGAUUGUGAGACUGUCGAUCAGACAUCGUCACAUAGCAUGAGUUUCAUUAGUGAUGCAAAUGUUUUGGCAGUUCAUCGGUUACUUUGGAGUCACCAGGAGAGAAUUGGCGACUACUUGUCGAGUUCUCGUGACACAAAGCAUGUUGGACGACGACCGUUUGAUAAAAUGGCAACACUUUUAGCAUAUCUUGGACCACCUGAACAUAAACCAGUGACAGUUGACUCACACAUGCUUUUCUCAUCCUACGCACGUUGGAGUUCCAUUGACAUGUCAUCAACAAACUUUGAAGAAAUUAUGGUGAAGCAUCAAAUGCACGAGAAAGAAGAAUUUAAGACACUCAAAUCGAUGAAUAUUUUCUAUCAAGCUGGAACAUCAAAAGCAGGAUAUCCAGUGUUUUAUUACAUCGCAAGACGUUACAAAAUCGGAGAGACAAACGGAGAUCUAUUGAUUUAUCAUGUGAUUUUGACAUUGAAGCCUUUUUGUCAUGCUCCAUUUGAAGUUGUCAUCGAUUUUACUCACACUUGCAGUGACAAUCGAUUCCGAACUGAAUUCCUUCAGAAAUGGUUUUAUGUUCUUCCGGAAGUUGCUUAUGAGAAUCUCCAUGCUGCUUAUAUUUAUAAUUGCAAUUCAUGGGUUCGUGAAUACACAAAAUUUCAUGAUCGAAUUUUAGCGCCUUUGAAAGGCAACAGAAAGCUUGUCUUCCUCGAUUCGCCAUCGAAAUUAAACGAUGUCAUUGAUGUUGAGCAACAGAAACUUCCCGGUGCGACACUUUCACUUGAUGAAGAUUUAAAAGUUUUCAACAAUGCUUUGAAGUUAAGUCAUAAGGACACGAAAGUGUCAAUCAAAGUUGGACCAACAGCCCUUCAAAUUACCUCAGCUGAAAAAACCAAAGUUUUAGCACAUUCCGUGUUGUUGAAUGAUGUUUAUUAUGCUUCCGAAAUUGAAGAAAUUACGCUUGUUGAUGAUAAUCAGUUCACACUUUCAAUCGCAAAUGAAAGUUCACAACUCAGCUUUAUUCACAAUGAUUGUGAUAACAUUGUACAAGCUGUCAUUCACAUCCGGAAUCGAUGGGAGUUAAGUCAACCAGAUUCUGUGACAGUUCAUCAGAAAAUUCGACCAAAAGACGUUCCAGGAACACUUCUCAACAUGGCUCUUCUCAACCUUGGAAGUUCAGAUCCAAAUUUAAGGACAGCAGCUUAUAAUCAACUUUGUGCGUUAACAGCAACAUUUGAUUUGAAAAUUGAAGGACAAUUGUUGGAAACUCAAGGACUUUGCAUUCCAUCAAACAACACAAUUUUCAUCAAAGAAGUUUCAGAAAAACUCGCAACAAAUGAACCACAUUUGACACUCGAGUUUCUCGAAGAAUGUAUCCAAGGAUUUCAAAGAAGCACAAUCGAACUUAAGCAUUUAUGUCUUGAAUACAUGACACCUUGGCUUGCCAAUCUUGUUCGUUUCUGCAAACCGUCUGAUGAAGGAAAGCGACAAAAGCAAGUCGCACAAAUUCUUGAGAAACUCAUAAAUCUUACAAUCGAGCAGAAGGAAAUGUAUCCAUCAAUUCAAGCGAAAAUUUGGGGCAAUCUCGGACAAAUUCCUGAACUCAUCGACAUGGUUCUUGAUAAUUUCAUUCACAAAUCAGUAAGUUCUGGUCUUGGAUCACCACAAGUUGAAAUAAUGGCUGACACAGCAGUGGCUCUUGCAUCAGCAAAUGUCCAACUUGUUGCAAAGAAAGUUAUUGGAAGAUUAUGUCGUGUUAUGGAUAAAACUUGUUUGUCACCGACACAACAUCUUGAACAGCACAUGAUGUGGGACGACAUCGCGAUUCUCGCUCGAUAUUUACUAAUGUUGUCAUUCAACAAUUGCCUGGAUGUUGUUCGUCAUUUGCCAUAUCUUUUCCAUACUGUAACUUUCUUGGUUUGUACAGGAUCUUUGAGUAUGCGAGCGUCAACUCAUGGUCUUGUCAUCAACAUAAUUCAUUCGCUCUGCACAUGUACAAAGCCUUCAUUCAGUGAAGACACUCAGCGUGUAUUGCGAUUGUCAUUGGAUGAAUUCUCCUUACCAAAGUUCUAUUUAUUGUUUGGAAUUAGUAAAGUUAAAUCAGCUGCAAGCACCGCUUUCCGAUCAUCAUGUCGUCAUCAUUCUGAUCGUUGGCUUGGCAACGAAAGAGUUUCCCAACCACUGGCUGAUCGUGAGAGACUCGCUUUGCCUUCACUUGAAGUCAUUACUGAUGCAUUACUUGAAAUUAUGGAAGCUUGCAUGCGAGACAUUCCUGAUUGUGAUUGGUUGUCAACGUGGACGUCACUUGCGAAAAGUUUCGCUUUUUGUUUCAAUCCCGCUCUACAACCGAGAGCGCUGAUUGUCUUCGGUUGUAUCAGUAAAUCUAUAACCGAUUCAGAUGUCAAGCAAUUGCUGAGAAUUCUCGUGAAAGCUCUUGAAAGCUUUAAUGACAUUCAAUUGCUUGAAGCUUUGGUCAUGUGUUUGACGAGACUUCAACCACUUCUCAGACCUGAAUCGACAAUUCAUCGAGCUUUAUUCUGGGUGGCAGUUUCCGUGUUGCAACUUGAUGAAUCGACACUUUACGCUGCUGGUCUUGCAUUACUUGAACAAAAUCUGCACACACUCAACUCACAAGGAAUUUUUGACAAACAAAAUCUUGCGGAAGUCAUGAUGGAAUCUCGUGAACCUUUGGAAUGGCAUUUUAAGCAACUCGAUCAUGCUGUUGGAUUAUCUUUCAAAUGCAACUUUCAUUUUGCUCUUGUUGGGCAUUUAUUGAAAGGUUUACGUCAUCCAACACCAACAACAGUGUCUAGAACGACGCGUGUACUGACGAUGCUUCUUGGAAUUGUCGCUAAACCCACACGAAGAGAUAAAUUUGAAGUGACUCACGAUUCAGUUGCAUAUUUGACAGCUCUUGUCAGUGUCUCUGAAGAAGUUCGUUCUCGAUGUCAUGUCAAGCACACAAUUCCAAGAUGGCAAGCUGAAUUGAAUGCUGAAACACAACAAGAGAAUGGCGGAGCUUCAAAUGUUCGUCGUCAAAAGUCUUGGGAUCUCAUCGAUCAAUCAGCAAUUUCUUAUGCUCGUCAACAACAACACAAAGUUCAACAUCAGCCGGCAAAUGAACAAAAACUUUUGGCUCAUGCUCACAAUAACAAUCACAAUAAUACAACAGCCAUUAAUCAGAAUACAAACAAUAACAGUAAGACUAACAGUAGUAGUUUGGUUAACGAUGAUGCAACAUCAUCCGUUGAAAAUGCUGGCGAUGAUUUUAUUGAUUGUCUCCACCAGACGACAAACAUUAAAGAGCGUGGAUCUCGUUCAUCAGUUUCUAAUGAAUCAAAUGUACUUUUGGAUCCAGAAGUUUUACCUGACAGUUCAACUCAAGCUCUUGUUCUUACUGUGCUGGCCACUUUAGUGAAAUAUUCAAGUGAUGAAAUUGAGACACGCGUCUUGUAUCAGUAUUUAGCUGAAGGAUCUGUCGUGUUUCCGAAAGUUUUUCCCGUCAUUCAUUCGUUACUUGAUCAAAAGAUCAACAAUGUUCUGUCGUCAUCCAGCGACCAGGUUGUUCUGGCUGCUGUUCAAAGUAUAAUUCAGAAUAUGUUAGCAUCAGAAGAUGCAUCGCAACAGCCGCUACACUUCCUUCAAUCGUGUGGCUUUGGAGGCUUAUGGCGAUUUGCUGGGCCAUUCACAAAAUACAACAUGAUGGUUGAGUCAUCGGAACUCUUCGUGAAUUGCUUAGAAGCAAUGGUCGAGACAUGUCUGCCUGUUGAAGAGAAUCAACCAGUUCCAUCCUCGCCACGUCCUUAUAAUCUUACAUCAAGCUUAUCAAGCUUGACACUAGGAUCACCUGACAAAGGUUCAUCAUCAUAGCUUUAAUAAAUUGACCAAUCUCAUUCUCAUGACACAUUUACACAGCUUUAAACAAAAUAAUUUAAUUAGUUAUUAAUUAGAACAAAAUUUCAUCAUCUCACAAAUGAUCGAUAAGAAACAAAAUUUUCUUUCUAACAGUCUUUGUAUUCGAUUUCUUUUCUUUUUUCUCUCUCCUUUCAUAUAUUUGCUUUUUUUAUUCCUUGCAUUGCUAACACCUUAGCUUUCUCCACAGAGUCAUUAGAUCGUGAUCGAGAACGUGAAUAUAGUGGUAGCUUAAGAAGAGCCUCAUUAUCGAAAGCACGAAAUGCCAAAAUUCGCAUGAAUCAUGAAACAUAAAUUAUUAGAAAUAUUUUUAAUAGCCCAUAGGAUGAUAAUGAUGAUUACUUAGAGUUGUUAUGAUGUCAUUUUGUAAAUCCUUCUUGAUACCAAAGUUAUUUUUAAAAGAAUAUUCUCAUGUUGAUAUAUUUCACAUUUAAUCUCACACUUCUGCACAUCCAAUACAAAUAUUUAUUUAUGAAGAUAUCUGCUAAAUAUUUAAUUAAAAUGCAUUUUUGAAUGAGAACAAAUCUCUGUCAAUCCCUUUCUCUCUAUCUAUUUGUCACAAUUUACCUAAAAAAUAUCUAAUCUACAUAAAUGUGCUUAGAUAAACGAGAUAAAAUAUUUACAUACAUAAAAUUACUUAAGUAAGAUACAAACAUAAAUUCUUGAUUUUAUUAACCUUCUUUGAUAAAUGUGAUUUGAACAUAAAUUGAGAGAAAUCAGAAAGAAAAAAGUAUUUUUUAACACUUUUAUAAGUCCGCACAAAAAAAAUUUAGAAAAAUUUUUAAUCAUUUUUUAUAAAUUUUAUCGCAGUUUAAAUUGAAUGU